AUGGAAUGGUAUUAUAAUGAUUCAUUCGCAUGUUCUUCCAAUCAUCAUGGACAAGUUGGCAAGCAUGUGUUCAAUGAUGGGUUUUAUUCAGGUGCUUGUAUUGAGUUAUUUCAGUUCAAUUGGUUAGCAGGUUGUACUGAGGCUUAUUUGGAUCUUCUUCGAAACAAAAAACCAAAGCUUGAUUUGGAAGAGAUGGGGUACAUUGGGGCACAUGGUGUGGCUGCUUUGCAUAAAUACAAGUAUAGUGGUGUGGAUCACUCGUACACUGCGAAAUAUGUAUUGCAACCCUUUUGGAGUCGUUUCGUUAAAAUAUUUCCCCUUUGGAUGCCGCCCAAUAUGAUAACACUAACUGGAUUCAUUUUCUUGCUCACAUCUGCGCUGCUUGGAUAUAUAUAUUCACCAAGAUUAGAUUCAGCUCCUCCUAGAUGGGUUAAUUUCGCUCAUGGAUUGCUACUUUUCUUAUAUCAGACCUUUGAUGCUGUUGAUGGGAAGCAAGCAAGACGGACAAAUUCCUCAAGUCCACUGGGGGAACUUUUUGACCAUGGUUGUGAUGCCCUUGCAUGUGCGUUUGAAGGAUUGGCUUUUGGGAGUACUGCGAUGUGUGGAAGAACUACCUUCUGGUUUUGGGUGAUUUCAGCUGUUCCUUUUUAUUGUGCAACAUGGGAGUCUUACUUUACCAAUACCCUGAUCCUUCCUGCCGUUAAUGGGCCGACAGAAGGUCUAAUGCUGAUAUAUUUCGCCCAUUUUUUCACAGCUAUUGUUGGUUCUGAGUGGUGGGCUCAGCCAUUUGGAAAGUCUUUGCCUUUUCUUAGUUGGGUCCCAUUAAUUCAUGAAAUUACAACAUACAAAGCUGUGUUGUUUCUAAUGGUAGCUUUUGCUGUUAUCCCAACGCUCACGUUCAAUGUGUGCAAUGUUUACAAGGUUGUUCAGGCAAGGAAAGGAAGCAUGCUAUUGGCACUGGCAAUGCUUUACCCUUUUGCUGUUCUUUUGGGAGGAGUUUUGGCAUGGGGUUACUUGUCACCAGCUGACAUUAUGGGGAACUAUCCACAUUUAGUCGUAGUGGGAACUGGACUUGCUUUUGGGUACCUUGUGGGAAGAAUGAUUCUUGCGCACUUGUGUGAUGAGCCAAAGGGUUUGAAAACUGGAAUGUGCAUGUCACUGUUGUAUCUCCCAUUUGCCAUUGCAAAUGCACUCACGGCUAGAUUGAAUGAUGGAGUUCCAUUGGUCGACGAGAGCUUGGUUCUUCUUGGUUACUGUGCAUUUACAGCGACACUCUAUCUUCACUUUGCAACUUCAGUUGUUCAUGAAAUUACGACAGCCUUAGGAAUUUAUUGCUUUAGGAUAACCAGGAAGGAAGCUUGA